AGCCGGCAUGAAUGUGGCAGCAGGGCAGAUCUUGACACAGUCUCACCGAGAUGAAGUAGCUGUGUUUCAGGAGGAUAUUUGGACCUCUCUUCUCCAUGUGUCCUAAAUGCAGAACAUGGCAACGACAUUGUCACACUUUUUGUUGCACUUGUACACUGCGGUGUCUGCCGACAAAGUUGAAUUUCCAAUAUGGUUGCAGAGGUUGUUGUUGUCGAGCGGGUUGUUGUCAUGUCCCCGCAGUGCCUGUAGUGGUGCUGUGAGGGAGUCUGCUGUGGAGCUGACAAAAUCCUUACCAGGCAACCUACUGCUUAUAUUUUCACCGAGCGCUUAUUUUACAUGCAUCCGAAAAUGAAGCCACUCCGAGCCCAAUGAAGAGCGCUUUUGUUGUUCUAUCGCGGAUAUCGAUGCACGGAUAGCCUAGCUGAUCGUAAUAGACAUUUCGGCCGUCUAUCUGGAGUGAAGACCGUGCGAGGGCCCUUAGCAGUUGAAGCUGAUGUUGUCAAGGACAAGAGUCACGUGAUGUAUGAAGGCAAACACAUACACUUCUCAGAGGUGGACAAUAAGCCCUUGUGCUCAUACAGCCCAAAGCUCUGCAAACAACGCAGACUCAAUGGAUACGCAUUCUGCAUCCGGCACGUUCUGGAGGAUAAGACAGCCCCCUUCAAGCAGUGUGAAUAUGUGGCCAAGUACAACAGUCAGCGGUGUACCAACCCCAUCCCUAAAUCAGAGGACCGCAGGUACUGCAACAGCCACCUGCAGGUCCUUGGCUUCAUCCCCAAGAAGGAACGCAAGAAGAAACAUGACGCGUUGGAGGAAAUGCGUACCCGGGCUCACCUGGAGUCUGUUGCUCUCAACAUAACGGUGCCAUCUUUACCUCUGAAAGUGUCCAACGGUCUAAACGAACUUCCACCAUCCCCACCCUACACGCGCCUGUUAGCCCUUUCCGAUGGGGAACUCCUGGACCCAUUUGCCUUUUACGAGGGUGACACAGACGGGGAAGACAUAGGCCCCCCUCGGAAAAGCAACACAAUCAAGAAGAAACUACAGAGCCGGCCGGUGCUGAACCAGAAAUUCUGCCAGGACAUUGACCGUUUCCACACACCCUCUGAGCACUUUAGUCCCUCCCCCGUACCCCGCGCCCACCCUCCGUCGCCCCUCAACACGCACCCCUCACGGCAGCAGUCAGGUCUUCUCCAGGUGCCCCAGCAGCAGGCUCUAUUAUGCAAUCCACCACCACCUCAGACGCUCAACUUUUUGCCUCCUGGGACACCUGCGAAUGCAACACCCAGUCCGGCGCACCCUCCGGGGCCAUCACUCAGCAGGAAAACACUUUUUGCUUCCAAUCACGUGGUUGUCAUGCGGCCCGCCUCCUACUCGCCUUCGGCUCGCUGUCUGGCCCGGUUGCAACAUCUGGUGCAGCUUUGUGCCAAGAGACACCAGGAAUAUGGGCACCUCUUUCCACAUUUAGGACUGGACUGGUCGGAAGACAGUGCGGAUGACGACGAGGACGAUGAAGAAGAUGAAGCAGAAAGAUUCCUUCCCGGCCUGAGCUCUUGGAGACCGCAGAAUGGGCUGGAGGACGACGUGGGCUCCUCUCGUAGAACGCGGAUAUUGCGGCUUUGCUCCUAUCUGCAGCAGAAGUACAAGCACAUGUGCAGGCAGGAGAGGGCGAGUAUCCGCCAGAAGAGAUACCGUUAUGCCUUCCGCAAAGCCUUGCUGCACGCUGCCAGCAAAAACCCCGACUGUGCCGGACAGCUGGUCCAGGAGCUGCACAGUUUCUCUCAAAGUGCAUCAAGCACUGGAUCGGAACAUCAGCAGGCCGGAUGUCCUCCAAGACAGCAGAGCACAGACACGGGGACGUGUACCGGCAGCACAAAAGGCCAAACCUGCAACAACCGAGCGCUGCCCUUCACCAAACACUGUUUUCAACACAUCCUGUUGAAUCGCUCCCAGCAGCUGUUUGCCAGCUGCACGGCCAAAUUCGCAGAUGGUCAGCAGUGCUCCAUUCCCGUGUUCGAUAUCACGCACCAGACACCUCUCUGCGAAGAGCACGCCAAAAAGAUGGAUAACUUCCUACGCGGGGACGGCAAUCGGCGGGUGCAACAACACCACCACCACCACCACCACCACCACCUUCAUCACCACCACCAGCAGCAGCAGCGUAAACCACGCAAAAAGACCAAACCGCCGGCGCUCACCAAAAAACACAAGAAGAGGCGAGUGCCGAGGAGGCCUCAAAAGCCUGUUCCUCCCGCGCUGCCUCUAGGGAACCUGGGAAUGCCGUCGAUGAGCCUCGCCAUGUCUUCACAGGCCAGCAUCAGGAGCCCCUCCACGCCGGACCUGAGUGCGGACGAGCUCCCCGAUGAUAUCACCAAUGAGAUGGAAGACAUUCCAAACGACCUGGAGUUAAACCAGGAGGAUUUUUCUGAUGUCCUACCGCGGCUACCGGAUGAUCUUCAGGACUUUGACUUGUUUGAAGGUAAGAACGGCGACCUGCUGCCCACCACAGAAGAAGCAGAGGAGCUGGUGCGAGCCCUGCAGGCCAUGGGGUCCUACCCGGAUUCCUUGGUGUGCCUGACCUCCAUAGGAGACCUAACCAACUCAGAAGGCGUGGACCAUCGAGCCAUGACGGUCUUUCCCUGUGCCGUGCAGCCGGGGGUCAUGGGGGACAUCCUCGCCAGCCGCAUCCCCGCCGAGAACUUCCCUAACCUGGAGUUGGAGGACAAUCUCCUGCAGUCAGCAGGGGGCCACUUCCCCCCUUCGCCGCCAUCGCAGCCCACAGACCUGCCCCGCACGUCGUCGGCCGCCACGGCGGGCCGCUGCGCCACCUCGCUGAACGCGGCGGCGGCGCGGACGUUUGCCCGCGCGCACCCUCCCCACAUCAAGUCGGACUCCAUGGCGUCGCCCCCCCGAGGCGGCCACUACGGCGAGCACGUGCCAACCUCGUACGGCGACCAAAUGCCUUCGCCGCACGCCAGCCCCUUCCACACGGACGCCCCGCUCCUGCUGGAGGUCCCGCGCUCGUCUUGGAACAACCUCCCCCUCCCCCUCGCCGACCCCACGCAGUUCGGGAACCUCAUGGGCCCGGAGAGUCAUCUCAUAACCACGUCCCUCUCCACCCCGCCCGCCGCCACGCACUCGGUGACGCCCAUGGCCGCGCUCUCCGCCAUGCCUCAGAGCGGCCUGGCGGGCUUAGCCGCGCCGCCGCCGUGCGCGCUCCCUCUCUCCUCGCACGACCCCCUGGCGUCCCUGCAGCCCAAGCUGCAGCUGCCCCAGUUCAGCGCCGCCUUCGGCCACCAGCUGGCGUCCCACAGCGGCAUCCCCAACGACGUGCAGCCCAGCCACAGCUCCACAGCGCCCCCCUCUGGCUUCUCCAUCAUUAGUGCCACCACUGCAAGUGCCAUCGGCGCGUCCACACCUUUCACGCAGAGCAACUGAGCGCACACUCGCCCCAACCCACUUAUUUUCCAGCCCACUUCCACGCUAACGGUGAGCGAUUUGAUCACGACCUUGCACAACCUCAUCACCAUUUUCUCUUAUCAGCCAGAUGAUGCCUUGUGGUUCUGGCAGUGACCGAGGAGGCUGCAACUUCAACCCACUUUUAGUCCCACAACAUCAGCAUCUUUUACUUUCUUGCUCCUCUCACCAAAAUACUUUUUAAACUCUUUUUAUAUCGUGUAUGUAUGCUGUAUAUCUGCUCAUGUAUUGCUUUGUGCAGACUUCUUCUUAGAAAUCUCUGACCUCACUGGCGGUUGUGCGACACACACACACACACACACACACACACGUUCUUGUAUUUUCUACCUUCUUGAGACCUUCGAAAAAUACCUACCUUUAGUAUUACAAUAAAAGUCAUAAUUUUACUCAACACAAGUUCAGUUUUUCUUGUAAAAUGUUGACUUUUGUCGAGUACAAUGAUGACUCUUUUCAUAAAAUUGCCAAAACUUUAAGCUUUUCUUGUAAAACUGCGACUGUUAUUUGGUAAAAUUCCAGGUUUUGUCAUACGAUUGUAAAAAUGUUCAAUUUUUCUUGUAAAAUCUGGACAUUUGUGCAAUCUUAUGAUAAAAGUUGGAAUUUUACUCAAUAACAGUCGCAAUUUUACAAGUAAGGCUUUAAAUGUUGGUAAAUUUGUGAAAAGACGUAAUUUUAUUUGAUAAAAGUCUUCUUGCGACCUUCAAAUUAUAAAUAUAUAUAUAUAUAUAUAAUAAUUAUAUACUAUAUAUAUAGAUAAUAUAUUGUAUGAUUUUACUCGACGUAAGUUCAGUUUUUCUUGUAAUUUGUGACUUUUGUCGAGUAAAAUGACUUUUUUCAUAAAAUCUCCAAAACUUUAAGCUUUUCUUGUAAAACUGCAACUGUGAUUGUGUAAAAUUCCAACUUUUGUCAUACGAUUGCACCGAUAUUCAGUUUUUCUUGUAAAAUGUUGACUUUUGCCAAGUAAAAUAAAAUUUUUCAUAAAAUUGCCCAAAAUUUUAAGCUUUUCUUGCGACAGUUACUGAGUAAAAUUCCAACUUUUGUCGUACAAUUGCGCAAAUGUUUACUUUUUGUUGUAAAAUUUGGACUUUUGUCGAGUAAUAUUACAACUUUUCAUUAAAUUGCCGAAGCAUUUCUUGUAAAAUUGAGACUGUUAUUGAGUAAAAUUCCAACUUUUGUCAUACGAUUGCACAAAUGUUCAAUUUUUCUUGUAAAAUUUGGACAUUUGUGCAAUCUUAUGAGAAAAGUUGGAAUCUUACUCAAUAACAGUCGCAAUUUUACAAGAAAGGCUUAAAAUUUUGGAAAUUUUAUGAAAAGAGUCGUAAUUUUACUUGACAAAAGUCUUCUUGAGACCUUCAAAUUAUAUGAUAAUAUACUAUAUAUAUAUAUAUAUAUAUAUAUAAUUUUACCCGACACAAGUUCAGUUUUUCUUGUAAAAUGUUGACUUUUGUCGAGUAAAAUGACUCUUCAUAAAAUUGCCAAAACUUUAAGCUUUUCUUGAAAAAUUGCGACUGUGAUUGUGUAAAAUUCCAACUUUUGUCAUACGACUGCCCAAAUGUUCUGUUUUUGUUGUAAAAUUUUGACUUUUGUCAAGUAAUAUGACAACUUUUCAUAAAAUUCCCAAAACAUUUCUUGUAACAUUGCGACUGUUAUUGGGUAAAAUUCCAACUUUUGUCAUUACGAUUGCACAAAUGUUCAGUUUUUCUUGUAAAAUGUUGACAUUUGUGCAAUCGUAAGAUAAAAGAUGGAAUUUUACUCAAAAACUGACGAAAUUUUACAAGUAAGGCUUAAAACUUGGGCAAUUUUGUGAAAAGAGUCGUAAUUGUACUUGACAUAAGUCUUCUUGAGACCUCUGAAAAAUACCUACCUUUAGUAUUAUGAUAAAAGUUGUAAUUUUACUUGACGUAAGUUCAGUUUUUCUUGUAAAAUUUUUACUUUUGUCGAGUAAAAUGACGACUCUUUUCAUAAAAUUGUCAAAAUUUUAAGCUUUUCUUGUAAAACUGUGACUAAAAUUCCAACUUUUGUCAUACGAUUGCACAAAUGUUCAGUUUUUCUUGUAAAAUUUUGACAUUUGUGCAAUCAUAUUACAACAGAUGGAAUUUUACUCAAUACCAGACACAAUUUAACAAGAAAAGCUUAAAGUUUUGGCAAUUUUAUGAAAAGAGUCGUAAUUUUACUCCACAAAAGUCAAUUUGACCAGAAAAACUGAACAUUUGUGCAAUCAUACAGUAUAACAAAACUUGGAAUCUUACUCAAUAACAGGAGAAUUUUACCAAAAAAACCUUAACAUUUUGGCAAUUUUAUGAAAAAAGUCAGUUUUACUCGACGCAAGUUAAAAUUUUACAAGAAAAACUGAACAUUUGUGCAAUCGUAUGACAAACGUUGGAAUCUUAUUCAAUAGCAGUUGCAAUUUUACAAGAAAUGCUUAAAAUGUUGGCAAUUUUAUGAAAAUGUUACUCAACAAAAGUCACAAUUUCAUAAGAAAACUUUGAAAUUUUGGCAGUAUUAUAAAGACAAUCAGAAUUUUACUUGGCAAAAUGAUGUCAAAAGUCAGCUGUUCACCUGGCGGGUUUUUUCGGGGAUGAAUAGAGAAAUCUUCCUUUAGCUGCCGUCUUGUUUUAUCAUAUAUUGCUGCCUUUGCACCUGUCGAUGUUUACUUUUGCAUGCACAUUAAAUCAUCAAAAAUUCCUGACUUUGGAGCAAUGUUCACAGACUCUAGUAUUUGGCUCUCUUAUUAGAUGCUAUGUUUUCCCGUAUUGGGACCAUGAUUCGUAUCCUAACUUGGCUCGCUGGUCCUCAUAUGGAGGCUACUUUUCCUUGUUGAUGUCUCAAGAAGGGUAGAAAUACAAGACCACACACACACACACACUUUUGUAUUUCCUACAUUCUUGAGACGUCCAAAAAAUGCCUUCCUCUAGUAUUAUAAUAAAAUUUGUAAUUUUACUCGACGCAAGUCAAAAUUUCACAAGAAAAACUAAACAAUUGUACAAUCGUAUGACAAAAGUUGAAAUUUUACUCAAUAAAAGUGGCAAUUUUACAAGAAAAGCUUAAAAUGUUGGCAAUUUUAUGAAAAGAGUCGUAAUUUUACCCGACAAAAGUCACAAUUUGGACAAAUGCCUUCCUCUAGUAUUAUAAUAAGUCGUAAUUUUACUCGACGCAAGUCAAAUUUCACAAGAAAAACAAAACAAUUGUGCAAUCGCAUGACAAAAGUUGAAAUUUUACUCAAUAAAAGUCGCAAUUUUACAAGAAAAGCUUAACAUUUUGUCAAUUUUAUAAAGAGUCAUUUUACUCGACAAAAGUCACAAUUUCAUAUGAAAACUGUAAAAUGCACCUGUCGAUGUUUACUUUUGCAUGCACGUUAAAUCAUCAAAAAUUCCUGACUUUGGAGCAAUGUUCACAGACUCUAGUAUUUGGCUAUUUUAUAAGAUGCAAGGGUUUUCCGUAUUGGGACCAUGAGUCGGGUCCUGACUUGUACGCCGGUCCUCAUAUGGAGGGUACUUUUCCUUGUUGAUGUCUCAAGAAGGGUAGAAAUACAAGACCACACACACACACACACACACACACACACACACACACACACACACACACACACACACACACACACACACACACACACACACUUUUGUAUUUCCUACAUUCUUGAGACGUCCAAAAAAUGCCUUCCUCUACUAUUAUAAUAAAAGUCGUAAUUUUACGCGACACAAGUCAAAAUUUCACAAGAAAAACUAAACAAUUGUGCAAUCGUAUGACAAAAGUUGAAAUUUUACUCAAUAAAAGUGGCAAUUUUACAAGAAAAGCUUAAAAUGUUGGCAAUUUUAUGAAAAGAGUCGUAAUUUUACUCGACAAAAGUCACAAUUUGGACAAAUGCCUUCCUCUAGUAGUAUAAUAAGUCGUAAUUUUACUCCACGCAAGUCAAAUUUCACAAGAAAAACAAAACAAUUGUGCAAUCGCAUGACAAAAGUUGAAAUUUUACAAGAAAAGCUUAACAUUUUGGCAAUUUUAUGAAAAGAAUCAUAAUUUUACUCGACAAGUCACAAUUUCAUAAGAAAACUGUAAAAUGCACCUGUCGAUGUUUACUUUUGCAUGCACGUUAAAUCAUCAAAAAUUCCUGACUUUGGAGCAAUGUUCACAGACUCUACUAUUUGGCUCUCUUAUUAGAUGCACAGGUUUUCCGUAUUGGGACCAUGAUUCGGGUCCUAACUUGGUUCGCCGGUCCUCAUAUGGAGGGUACUUUUCCUUGUUGAUGUCUCAAGAAGGGUAGAAAUACAAGACCACACACACACACACACACACACACACACAGGUUACUAAAUACUAAAGCAAUAAAACACAUUGACGUCAACGUUGCAUCGCACUGCAGGAUGUUUUAUCACACGGUUCCAUUCGUCACAAUUUACCUGACACGUGAAACGUGACAAAGGUGCACUACCCAUUUUAGCCAGCCAGCAGUAGGGUGUUGGAACGUCCUAAAAUGUGUUUUGUAGCCAUUUCGGCGUUGCUAUGUCGAGUGGCGCUUUCCGUCAUUUUCAGCAAACCGCAUUGCAAAAUGAUCAAUCCCCUAUUUUCCACUCAUAUGAAUCCCUUCACCACCGUUCCCCAGAUUGUGUCGUCGCAUUUAUAAAACCUCUCGACCCCCCAGGCAGUUGUAGCAGGAUGCUGAGGCUCCUUGUCUUGCAUCCUCAAAAUAAGAGUGCAUCUUUUUUCAUUUUUAAAUAUAUAUAUAUAUUUACAUUUAAUUAAGAAUGCACCAUGAGGUAUUUUAAUUUGAAGAAAACUUCCCCAAGCGGCAGGACAACUCUGGCUUUGUUGUGUAUGGAGUGUGUAGACUAGUCUCUAUCCCGGGUGAACUAUCGAGUAGCAAAACAGCUGGAAUUAUAAUAAUUAUAAUAAUCAUCAUUUUAAAUGUAUUGAGUGGAACGUGUUGAGUCUGAUGUUUUUAAAAAAGGUUAUCAAAGGGGUCAUGGAAAUGGAUCGUUGUCUUGUUUGCCGUGAGCGUCGUCAUUUAGUCAAGACUUCCUUCAUGGAUGGCAACUUUUCUGUGUGAGUGCAGAUGAUUAUUAGACGGUUAGAAAGAAAAAAUAGGAAUAUAAUGCAUACAUUUUUUUUGGUGUUCCAUCAUUUUGCACAAAACGGAUUUUUUUUAUUCCAAAUUUUGUUGAGGUGCUCAUGAAAUAAUCUGCUGUCAACUCAGCAAUUCCAACUUUCCAAAAAGGGAAGAAGGCACUUUAUCAGACGCCUGAAUCUCUGCAGUGUGAGGACUUGAAGUAAGAAUAUAAAAGUAUGUUUAGUGCAGGGGUCAGCAACCUUUUUGAAAGCAAGAGCUACUUCUUCGGUACUGAUUAAUGCCAAGGGCUACCAGUUUGAUACACACUUAAAUAAAUUGCCAGAAAUAGCCAAUUUGUUCAAUUUAGCUUUAAUAAAUAAAUCUAUAUAUAUUAAAAAAAAAUGGGUAUUUCUGUCUGUCAUUCCGUCGUACAUUUUUUUUCCUUUUACGGAAGGUUUUUGUAGAGAAUAAAUGAUGAAAAAAACACUGAAUUGAACGGUUUAAAAGAGGAGAAAACACGGAAAAAAUGAAAAUUCAAUUUUGAAACAAUUUCGACUCAUUAAAAUUCAUACGAAAAAAAUGAAGAGAAAAACUAGCUAAUUCGAAUCUUUUUGAAAAAAUUAAAAAAAGAAUUUAUCGAACAUCGUUAGUAAUUUUUCCUGAUUAAGUUUAAUUUUAGAAUUUUGAUGACAUGUUUUAAAUAGGUUAAAAUCCAAUCUGCACUUUGUUAGAAUAUAUAACAAAUUGGACCAAGCUAUAUUUCUAACAAAGACGAAUCAUUAUUUCUUCUAGAUUUUCCAGAGCAAAAUUUUUUAAAGAAAUUCAAAAGACUUUGAAAUAAGAUUUAAAUUUGAUUCUAAAGAUUUUCUAGAUUGGCCAGAAUAUUUUUUGGGAAUUUUAAUCAUAAGUUUGAAGAAAUAUUUCACAAAUAUUUUUCAUCAAAAAAACAGAAGCUAAAAUAAAGAAUUAAUUAAAAUGUAUUUAUUAUUCUUUACAAUAAAAAUAAAAAAAUUACUUGAACAUUGAUUUAAAUUGUCAGGAAAGAAGAGGAAGGAAUUUAAAAGGUAAAAAGGUAUAUGUGUUUAAAAAUUCUAAAAUCAUUUUUAAGGUUGUAUUUUUUGUCUUUCUGAAAGUUAGAAGAAGCAAAGUAAAAAAAAUAAAUGAAUUUACUUAAACAAGUGAAGACCAAGUCUUUAAAAUAUUUUCUUGGAUUUUCAAAUUCUAUUUGAGUUUUGUCUCCCUUAGAAUUAAAAAUGUCGAGCAAAGCGAGACCAGCUUGCUAGUAAAUAAAUACAAUUUAAAAAAUAGAGGCAGCUCACUGGUAAGUGCUGCUAUUUGAGCUAUUUUUAGAACAGGCCAGCGGGCGACUCAUCUGGUCCUUACGGGCGACCUGGUGCCCGCGUGGGUGACCCCUGCUUUAGUGCAUAAAGUAUAAGUAGUCGCUGUGCCCCCCCCCCCCCUCCACUAUCUCCUCCCCCGACUUCAAUGAAGAAGAAAAAGAAGUGCUUGCAUUAAAAGAUGGCUGACAAAUUCCAUAUUCAUUGAAUGUAGUGUGUUGUGCUUCCAUGAGCUGCGUUUAGUCACCUUUUCUGUCACCGCCCCUCCUUUAUUUGUCUAAGGUAUUUUUUUGUAUACAAAUGUUUACAUUUUUAUGUCUAUUUUUCUUGUGUACAAGUUGUGUAAUAUGUGUACAAACACUGUAUGUAAUAUCUGUAUAUAGUGUGAGAAAUUUGUUUUUGGAUGUAUAAAUAAAACUUGCUGUGAGGUAUUUGCUGACACAA